AUGUCAGGACGCGGCAAAGGCGGGAAAGCGGGGAAAGGUAGCGUCAAGCGCCACCGCAAGGUGCUGCGCGACAACAUCCAGGGUAUCACCAAGCCCGCCAUCUGGAGCCUGGCUCGCCGCGGUGGCGUAAAGCGCAUCUCCGGCUUCAUCUACGAGGAGACCCGCGGGGUGCUCAAGGUUCUCCUGGAGAACCUGAUCCGGGACGCCGUGACCUACAGGGAGCACGCCAAGGGCACGACGGUCACCGCCAUGGACGUGGUGUACGCGCUCAAGUGCCAGGGCCGCACCCUCUACGGCUUCGGCGGCUAAAUGGCAUUUUGAAGCCCUGUCAUUCACAAAAAAGGCCCUUUUUAGGGUUCCCAAGCU